UAUCCCUCGCAAUUCUUCGGUGUAUCUCCGAUCUCCGGCGUAGCGAUUUCUUCUCCCUCGCAAUUCUUCGGUGUGUUUCAGACUUUAAAUGGCGAGUCCAAGUGCCGUCCCUGAAGAUAGAAAGUCCGAUGACCUCGAAAUCGUCUCAGUCGGAGCUCUCUAUAGCGGCUCCUGGGACAAGAAGUACUGGAGUUCAUCUAGGGGAAAAGAUCGUUUCCCUUAUCCUGUAGGCUACAAAGCUGUUCGAGCUCAAAAUGGGAACACAUAUUAUAUGGAAAUUGAAGAAGGUGCCAAAGGACCUUUAUUUCUGAUUAGAUAUUUGGCUGAAUCAUGGACGGGUCAGACCCCAGAUAUUGCAUGGGGAAAGUUCCAGAAGACAGGCUUCUCCCACUUAAAAGUAUGGCAUGGAAAACGAUUUACAUGUAAGAUGGACGGAAUGGAGUUUUUUGGCUUCAAAAACCCAUUGGUUCAGAGAUUGCUCCGGGAACUUGUGACAGAUUCCCACGGAAUGGUAGAAUCUAGCUCCAGAAGUAGGGCCUCUAAAAUCCGGGUCGACGAUGAACGACCAGUAAUGUGUGAAAAUCCAAACUUAUUAUGCUAUCUGGAUAUGCCAGUGGCUAGAAAGAAACGAAGUAGAAAAUCAGAAAUAGUAUACCAGAAUUCAGUUGUUAAAGAUGGCCAGAAAAAGCCAAGAUUCCAAGAGUCAUCUUAUGGUGCCGACAUUCUAAAUUCAGCACCUGUGUCAAUCUGCUUAGCAAAAGGAGAACUGGAGAUAGUUGGCCUUGAAGCAGCACCACCAAGGCAGUUUCAUUCUAGUCAAGCUACUAUCGAGAAUUCAUAUCUACCAUCGGAAAAUUCUCCAGAAGUAAAAGUAGUCGUACCUAUCCAAGAAACAGGCCAGAUUACUGACAGUUGUAAAUCAAAGCCAUUAUCCAACAUUACUGAAGAGCUUCAUGGGUUGGAAGAAAAGGAAUACAAACCCAACGCAGAUAUUUUUCUGCAUGAGAGUCAAGAUAUGACUGGUUCCAAUCUUUGUGCACCCGAUACCUUGGAGUUCGUGCAAGAUAACAACAUAAGUUCUACUACAGUAAUGGAUGAUAAUACAAGUUGCGAGCAAAAAAGAGAAUUGACCCUUGCUGACAUGGUAGUCAAUGAAGAGCAUUCAGCUGAACCAAAUGCAGAAGAUUUAGCUGAUUCAGCUGACCAGGAAACUGCCAAAUCAAUGAUCUCAAUUUUACUUCCUCGAGCAAUUCCACUGUUAAAGAAGGCCUCAGGCAAGAAGCCCCAACAAAAUGAUAUUUCAGGAACACUGUCUUCCAGAUUAAAUCUUUCUGACAACUGCAAAACGAGCCAACUUGAGGACGCAUCAGGAGCUGCUGUGUCACUGUCGACAAGAACAUGCAGUGGGGAUGAUGAUAACAUGCAACACGUUGCUAUGGAUCAGGAUUUUACAAGUAAUGUGUCCAUUGCUCCGGACAGUUUUGAUGAGUCUCACUUGGAUGUUCCUGGGAAUGGUCAUACCAUUUCUUACAAGGAAGUCGAUCCAGCAGAUCUUCCCAUAAUGCCCAUAGCCAAGGAACAUGUUGCAAUAGUAAAAUGCAAAUCUAUCAGCUCUUUGGAAGAAAAUAAUCAAGACGGAUCUGUGAAGAAGUCCAUGUCAAUACCACACUACACCAGUUCAACUAGCAGGAUUUUAGACCAAGAAUCUGAGGAACUCUGUGCAGCAAAAGGAAACUUAAUGCAAACAGAACACCACUUCGAAAACAAGGAACCAAAGAGUAUAUCCUGUUCUACUGAAGGUGAUGGCUUUAUGGCUGGCUCAACCCCUACUGAAGUUGGUUCUAUCAGAAUAGAAAAACAUAAGGUGUAUAGGAGGAAAAGAGUCUCGACCAAUCAAAAGCGAAGAAACGGAAACUCAUCCUCUGAAAGUAUAAACAUUUGCAGAAAUACUGGAGAUGAUGAUUCCAUAAGCAAAAUGUCUCCGAUUAAAGCCCCACGUAUCUUGGAGCCUCUGCCUACCUUGUCUACCAGCUCAUUAUCAGAUAGAACAAAUGGAAGCGGUCAUUUGACAGAACAAUACCAGGGUCAUGAGUUGAUGAAGGUGAAUAACAAGCAAUUCACCAAUGUAUUAAGCAAUGAAGCGUGUGUGGUACCACAAGAGUUUAGGCCAACUCAUGGUUUUGGAAAUGCGACUAUAUCAUCAUCCUCACUUCCAGCGUCAAAAGUUGAGAAUGUUCAAGCCCAUAUUGGUGAGGCGUUGGGCAUCCAAGUCUCUGAACCUUCUUCUACAAAGUCUCCGAAUAAGGAAAAUACCAGCGAGAAUAGCAUCUCUAAUGUGCCGGAAUUUCCAGUUAAUUCGAAUUUAAAGCUCAACAGAGAUGUAAAGAUCAACAAUGAGAUGGAAAAAACUGUUGAGCUGCUUGGCUACUACUUUCAUCCCAUGCCUGUUUCAACAGUAUCACUUCAGUAUGUUGGUAAUGAAAUCUAUAUUUGUGUAUUGAGCUUUGCUACAGAGGAUAGAGUUAGCACCCUGUUUAUGUACAAGAUAUCAGCUAAAUCACCAACCAGAGGAUUCCCCUCUGUCGUUGGUCACACACCUGCCAUACUCCCCAUCGUGGAUGAUAAAUCUGGUAGAAAUAGAACACUCGAGAGAUCUUAUUUGCACUUCACUCCGGACGGGCAGCAUCUUAUUUUUACUGGCAAUAUCAAAACACCUUAUUGCAGGCAGAGAGAAAUUGAUUGCUUGUGUUUGACUUGUACAUCAGCCUCCUUUGAGGAGAAUGCAGUGAGAAUUGUCGAGGUGAAAGCGGGUUAUGUUUCUCUUGUGACAAAACUUCAAGCAGUUGACAGUGUACAGUGCGUGGUGGUGUGCGAUCCUAACUAUCUCAUUGCUGUUGUCAAAAGUGGAAACCUUAUUGCCUGGGCCAUGAACUCGGAUUGGAGAGGUUCUACCGAAGAAUUCGUUAUACUCGCAAAUCCUUGCAUAUCUUCAUGCAUCGUGGAACUGAAGAAGAUCCCAAAAUGUCCUCAUCUCAUUAUUGGGCAUAAUGGUAUUGGAGAAUUUACAAUAUGGGAUAUCUCAAAGCGAAGCCUAGUAUCAAGAUUUGUAUCUCCCAGCAAUUUGAUAUUUGAGUUCAUCCCAACCAGCUUGUUUGCGUGGCACACUGUACAUAAUCAUUCUACCAUCGAGGAUCACGUUGACGUGAUAUUAGCUGCAACAAAACUGUGGUUCUCAAAAGGGGUCAACAACAAAACAUUGGUCCCAGCUGAAGUCGAAGACACUGCCAUCUGGCUUUUAGUCUCGACCGACCCUGACCCAGACGCUAUAUGUGACCGUGUAGAAAGUCCAGCUAGAUGUUGGAGACUGGCUCUGCUUGUGAGAAACCAAGUCAUAUUGGGAAGUCAACUGGACCCGAGGGCUGAUGUAGCCGGCACAGUAUCUGGUCACGGAGUAGCAGGAACACUUGAUGGACAUGUGUACAUGUGGGACUUGUCGACCGGCACCAAACUCGGCUCUCUCCAUGAUUUCAAAGGUCAAGGAGUUUCGUGCAUAAGUUCAGAUGAUUCUGGAAAUAUAUGUAUAGCAAGUGAGGAUGGUCAGCUUUUGGUUUAUUGCCAUCCCGCAAAGGAAACUCAAAAUCAAGAAGGGUAAUAAAAUUUGACUUGGAAAGAAGAAUUGUAGAAAUGUAAGAGGAUGAAUGAAAGUAGAUCUUAUGUAUAUUCGUUGUUCUUUGAUAAUUUAUUUUAAA